CUCUAUAAAAACCCUCCAAGGAUCACUCUCCCAGUGUAAUCUGCACCAUUUUCAAAUAAAAUGGCAAACCCUAAAAUCCUCCCUCUGAUUCUCUUCUCUCUCUUCGCGAUCGCAUCUGCUAAAGUCUUCUUCGAAGAACGAUUCGAAGAUGGAUGGGAGAAUAGCUGGGUUGUAUCUGAUUGGAAGAAAGAUGAGAACACUGCUGGGGUGUGGAACUACACUUCUGGAAAAUGGAAUGGAGACCCCAAUGACAAAGGUAUCCAAACAAGUGAAGACUAUAGGUUCUAUGCUAUUUCAGCUGAGUUCCCUAAAUUCAGCAACAAGGAUCAGACACUAGUCUUCCAAUUCUCCGUCAAGCAUGAGCAAAAGCUUGACUGUGGUGGUGGCUACAUGAAGUUGCUCAGUGGUGAAGUUGACCAGAAGAAAUUUGGUGGUGAUACCCCAUACAGUAUCAUGUUUGGACCAGAUAUAUGUGGAUACAGCACCAAGAAAGUCCAUGCCAUUCUUAACUACAAAGAAACAAACCACUUGAUCAAGAAGGACGUUCCUUGUGAGACUGACCAGCUCUCUCAUGUCUACACAUUGAUCAUCCGUCCUGAUGCUACAUACAGUAUCCUUAUUGACAAUGUGGAGAAGCAAACUGGCAGUUUGUAUGCUGACUGGGAUCUUCUCCCACCGAAGACAAUCAAGGAUCCUGAGGCCAAGAAACCAGAAGAUUGGGAUGACAAGGAGUAUAUUCCUGAUCCCGAGGACAAGAAGCCAGAGGGUUAUGAUGACAUUCCUAAAGAACUUCCAGAUCCUGAAGCCAAAAAGCCCGAGGACUGGGAUGAUGAGGAAGAUGGUGAGUGGACUGCCCCAACCAUUCCUAACCCUGAGUACAAGGGCCCAUGGAAGCCAAAGAAAAUUAAGAACCCCAACUACCAGGGCAAAUGGAAAGCACCAAUUAUUGACAACCCAGAUUUCAAGGAUGAUCCAGAACUUUAUGUUUACCCUGACUUGAGAUAUGUUGGCAUUGAGUUGUGGCAGGUGAAAUCUGGAACCUUGUUUGACAAUGUCUUGGUCUCUGACGACCCUGAGUACGCGAAGCAGAUGGCUGAAGAAACAUGGGGAAAGCAGAAAGAUGCUGAGAAGGCAGCAUUCGAAGAGGCAGAGAAGAAAAGAGACGAGGAGGAAUCCAAGGAAGAUCCAGCUGACUCCGAUGCUGAGGAGGAGGACGAGGCUGGUGAUGCUGAAGGAGAGGAUUCCGAUGCCGAGACCAAAGCUGACACAGCUGAGGAUGAAGAUGAAGUACAUGAUGAGUUGUGAUGAGGAAGCUCUCUUGCCAGCAACUCAGUCUAGAGAUAAAGCUUGGCACCAAGUGCUCGUAAUUUUUUUCCUCAUAAUUCGUAGUUGUAGGAGUCCGUUCGUUUAGGGAGGGAGGGAGGGCCAAAACGGGUUGAGAACCGCGUGGCUGAUUGUUUUUUAAGUAUCCGGGCCUUGAGAAGGAAUGGGAACUGUGCUUUUAUUAUCACAUUCAUAAAAAUAGUUUGAACGUUCUUCAAA